AUGGCCGACAUCAUCCGCGAUGCCGCCAUCGGCCAGUUCAUCCGUUUCGUCACUGGCAACCGCUACCUCCAGUACCCGGAAGAGAAGCCCGACUUCCAGCUGCCCGAAGCCUACGCCAACAUCCUGCACGGCGACACCGCCGCCGCCCGGCGCAAAUCAGCGACGGCCCAGUCCGCCACGACUCUCGAGGAGGAUGCCGGCAGCGACGACAACGGCGACGACACCUCCACCGUCGCCGCCGCCGCCGCCCCGGCGCCUCUAGCCCACAUCCCGUCGCACCGCUCCGGCAUCAACCACAUCACGUCGGCGGCGCUCGAGGCCGACGAGCUGCACCACGUCGAGAAGACGCGGUCCAUCCCGAUUGCGCCGCGGCAGACCAAGGACGGCGCCAUCCUCGUCGACUGGUACUACACCGACGACCAGGCGGACCCGCACAACUGGUCCGACGGCAAGCGCAACGCCAUCGCCCUCGUCAUCUGCCUCUACACCUUUGUCGUCUACACCACGUCGGCCAUCUACACGGCCUCGACCGCCGGCGUCAUGGCCGAGUUCCGCGUCGGCAGCCUCGAGGCCUCGCUCGGCCUCGCCCUCUACGUCCUCGGCUACGGCGUCGGCCCGCUCCUCUUCUCGCCCCUCAGCGAGAUCCCCCGCAUCGGCCGCAACCCCGUCUACAUCGCCACCAUGUUCCUCUUCGUCGUCAUCUCCAUCCCCACCGCCCUCGUGCAUAGCUUCGCCGGCCUCAUGGUCCUGCGCUUCCUCCAGGGCUUCUUUGGCUCCCCGUGUCUGGCCUCCGGCGGCGCCUCGCUCGGCGACAUGUACAGCUUGAUGGCCAUUCCCUAUGCCAUGAUGGCUUGGGUCUCGGCUGCCUACUGUGGACCUGCUCUGGGUCCGCUGCUCAGCGGAUACGCCGUACCGGUCAUGGGUUGGCGCUGGUCCCUGUACGAGUCCAUCUGGGCCUCGGCUCCCAUCUUCGUCCUCAUGCUUCUGUUACUCCCUGAGACAAGCAGCGCAACCAUCUUGCUUCAGCGCGCCCAGCGCCUUCGCAAGGUUACCGGUGACGCCCGCUUCAUGUCCCAGAGCGAAAUUGAUCAGCGUAGCCAGAAGAUGACUACCGUCUUCCUCCAGGCACUCAUCAAACCCCUCGAGAUUACCCUCAAGGAUCCCGCUGUUUUGUUUGUCCAGAUCUACAGCGCCAUCAUCUAUGGCAUUUACUACUCCUUCUUCGAGGUUUUCCCUCUGGUCUACCCUGUCUAUUAUCACAUGAGCCUUGGCCAGAUCGGUCUCGUCUUCUUGUGUAUCUUGAUCUCGUGCCUCAUCGGUGUUGUGGGCUACUUCUGCUACUUGUACUUUUACCUGACUCCACGCAUCGUCAAGUACGGUUUCGGUGCUCAGGAGGAGCGUCUGAUUCCUGCUCUCGGUGCCGCUUUUGGCCCAACCAUUGGCCUCUUCCUCUUUGCCUGGACUGCGCGCGCGUCAAUCCACUGGAUCGUGCCGACAAUCGGCAUCACCAUCUACGGCGCGACUGUCUUCGUCGUCAUGCAAUGUAUCUUUGUGUACAUUCCUCUCAGCUAUCCCAUGUACGCAGCUAGUUUGUUUGCAGCCAAUGACUUCUUCCGCAGCGCUCUAGCCUGUGGCAGUGUCUUGUUUGCUCACCCUCUCUUUGGCAAUCUGGGAGUUGCCCGGGGCACUAGCCUCCUCGGCGGCCUCAGUGUCAUUGGCAUCAUUGGCAUCUGGCUUCUGUACUUUUUCGGUGCCAAACUACGCUCCAUGAGCAAGUUUGCACUUGCCGACUAG